AUGACAAACGGCCCUGUUGCAGCUGUCUUUGUUGUAUACUAUGACUUAAUGGAGUACGAAAAAGGAAUUUAUGAGGUGGUUUAUCGUAUUAAGAUAGUAGUCCAAUCAAAACCACAUAAAACUGGCUUUGAAGUUGGUGGACACGUCGUUAAAAUUAUUGGGUGGGGAACAGAUGAAAAAGAUAAAGCGCCGUACUGGUUAGUCGUUAACUCUUGGAACGAUGUGUGGGGUGAAAAAGGUUUGUUCCGCAUAAUUCGUGGGUACAAUCACUGUGAAAUUGAGAGUGGAAUUGCUGCGAUCACAAUGGAUGUUUAG